AAGCAAAGUACUUCUCUUGUGAUUUUCGUGUGGUUGGGUUGCUUAUGUAGCCUAUGUUUAUUAUCAACCCCUUCUAAUGGUGUGCAAUGUUUUAAAAUAUUGCUUUUAAAAAUGAUAGUACUUUUAUUUUGCUUGUUUUUAAAGUAUGUUGGCCUAGCCUACAUAACUUAAGGGUGUUGUCGUAAGCCGCUGACAGUUCUCACAUAGUUGCUGAAUGUAACAGAGGAAUGGUAGCAAAUGGGGAUAGAAGGGGAUUUCAGCAGGAGUCUUUAACCUACCAACCUUUCUGAACAGUGGAGGGAAAACGAUGACUAUUUGAUAUAAAAUGUCGCUGAACAAUUAUCCGAUAACUCCCUACGCACUAUGAUCGCGCAUGUUAAGGUGCCACUGCGCAGUUGCGCACUUGGAAAGGUACGGGACCUAACCCACUCCCCGACUCGACUGCAGGGGUAGAUGCUGUCACUGCAGGCGGCAUUAACUGGCGAGGUAAAGUUUUUCUCUCAUUUGCAACAAGCUGAGGCAAGUCCAGCGGUUCAGGACACGAAACCGCAUUCAGGCGCCGUCACAUCAAGAUGGACCAUUACCUGCGUUUCGUAUAACUGCGUGCCCAUGGGGAUUCCAUUUGUGUGAACGUUCCAGGCCUCCGCUACCAAGAUGAUCCCGGUGAAUGAGUUCCGGAACAUUGCCUCGGAACAAAACCCCCAGUACCGGGUCCUGAAGCCAUGGUGGGACGUGUUCUCAGAGUACCUCUGCAUCGCCAUGCUCAUGAUCGGCGUGUUCGGCUGCACCGUUCAGCUGACACAAGAGAAGAUCUCAUGUCUGCCAAACCGCAUCUUCACCAAUCACGACGGCGACGGGGAUUGCAACCACCUCCAGGAGAAACCGGCCAAUGAGAGCCUGAUGUGGGAGUACAGCAUCACCAAGGAGCUCAAGCCCAACGUGGUCGAGGUGUUCGGCAGGAAGAACGGCCUGGACAUCCACCAGUACGUCUUCGUGAACCACUACUGCUACGAGCGGGCCGUGCACUGGUACGCCAAGUUCUUCCCCUACCUCGUCGUCAUCCACUCCAUGGUCUUCAUGGUGGCUAGCAGCUUCUGGUUCAAGUUCCCGGGGACGUCCUCGAAGAUCGAGCUCUUCGUCAACAUACUGCGCAAGUGUUUCGACUCGCCCUGGACCACGCGUGCCAUCAGCGAAGUGUCCGAGGAGCGCGGCGAGGAGAAGAUGGUGAAUUUGAGAAAGGUCAGCACCACGUCGAAGAUGAUCAUAAACCCUGAUGGAUUCGCAGGGACCGAUGGGGAAAAUAUCACGUUGCUGCGAUCCGCGUCGGUGGUGUCUGGUGGUGGUGGUGAAAAGAAACUACCGGAACCUGCGGCUUCUGUCUUGGACAAGAAGGAAGGGGAGCAGGCCAAGGCUCUGUUUGAGAAAGUGAAAAAGUUUCGCACCCAUGUGGAGGAGGACGAUCUCCUCUACAAGAUGUACGUCAUUCAAACAUCCCUUAAGGUGUUAAAGUUCGUCCUCAUCAUUAUCUAUGCUGCGUCAUUGGUAUCGAAAAUUGAGAUUGUAGUGAAGUGCUCUGUGCCUCCAGAUUUGACGGGAUUCAAAACAUUUUGUUGCAACCACAACAGAGCCAAUCUUUUCUCGAAGCUGGCCUACUGCUACAUUUGUUUUGUGGGUGUGUACGGGUUGUUGUGCAUCUAUUCUCUGUAUUGGCUUUUCCACCGCCCCCUAAAGGAGUACUCGUUCGAGCAAGUCCGCCUUGAGACGGGCAUGAACGACAUCCCCGACAUGAAAAACGACUUUGCCUUCCUGCUCCACCUCAGCGACCGCUACGACCCGCUCUACGCCAAGCGCUUCGCCGUCUUCCUCUCCGAGGUCAGCGAGUGCCGACUACGCCAGGUGAACCUCAACCACGAGUGGACCACCAAGAAGCUACGCGCCCGCCUCGUCCGCAACAGCGCCCAGCGCCAGGAGCUGCACCUCUUCAUGCUUACGGGCUUGCCGGACACCGUCUUCGAGGUCCCCGAGGUCCAGUCGCUCAAGAUGGAGCUGCUCAGCAACAUCACCAUCCCCGCGACCUUGACCCAGCUCAAUGACCUCCAGGAGCUGUCGCUCAUCCACUCCUCCACCAAGCUGCAGAUGGCGGCCCUCAACCACCUGCAGGCCAACCUGAAGGUGCUGCGCGUCACCUUUGAGGGCCUGGAGCAGGUGCCCAUGUGGAUGUACACGCUCAAGGCGCUGGAGGAGCUCCACCUGAGCGGCCCGCUCAACCAGGAGGCGUCGCGCGGCGGCAGUGCUACGCUCGACACGCUGCGCGAGCUGAAGAACCUGCGCGUGCUGACCCUCCGCUGCCGCCUGACCAAGGUGCCGCCCGCCGUGGUGGACGUGGCGGCUCAGCUGCAGCGACUCUGCGUCCACAACGAGGGCGUCAAGCUGCAGGUGCUCAGCAACCUCAAGAAGCUGAGCAACCUGACCUCCCUGGAGCUGAUGGGCUGCCACCUGGAGCGCAUCCCCAGCGCCGUCUUCAGCCUCAACAGCCUGCAGGAGCUGGACCUGCGUGAGAACAAGCUGACCACGGUGGAGGAGAUCCUCAGCCUGCAGCACUGCCAGCGCCUCACCACCUUACGCCUCUGGCACAACGCCAUCGCCUACAUCCCUGAGCACGUGGGCAAGCUGCACGCGCUCGAGACGCUGGACGCCAGCUGGAACAAGAUCCGGCGGCUGCCGUCGCGCCUCUACUACUGCACCAAGCUGCGGCACCUGGACCUCUCGCACAACCAGCUGGAGGCGCUGCCCACGGAGAUCGGCAGCCUGCAGAGCCUGCAGUACCUGUCGGUGGCCUUCAACUCGCUGGAGGCGCUGCCUGAGGAGCUCUACUCCUGCAAGAGGCUCAAGUUCCUGGCGCUGGGCAACAACAGCAUCAGCUUCCUGUCCGACCGGGUGGCCAAUCUGGUCCAGCUGGUUCGACUGGAGUUAAAGGGCAACCGCUUGGAGUCUCUUCCGCCGGAGAUCGGCGACUGCCCUCUCCUGAAACUGAGCGGCUUCGUCGUGGAGCAGAGCCUUCUAGAACUCUUGCCGUCUGAGGUGCGAGAGCGAAUGGAAGAUAGUUAGGGACAGGUGUUUUUUUGUUUGUUUUUUUGACCUCUUGACCUCAGUGUCAGUGACUUCUGAGCAUAAAAACAAAGCCUGACGAAUCCCCGUUAAGACUAUGCAUGCUUUUGGCAAAUCUAUGAUAUGAAUGAAAAAUGCAAGUGCCUUGUUGCAAUCCUUUACACUGUGACUUUCAAACCACAUUCACUACCAGGGCAAUUUGUAUAUUUUUUUCCAAGCCCAAAAAUGAUCAGAUUUUACAUUCUUUACUACGUUAUUUUUUACAGAUGCUAAAGACUGUGCUGUUAUUAAAAGAGUGUUACUGUGACCACUAAUGAAUGCAAUAUUAUUAUUUUUACAGCUGUUCCAUUUCACUCAUUUAACCAGUUUAAUUUAAUCACUUUGCCUUUUAUCCUCAGUUGAAAGGGAAUAAUUGCA